GUUCUCUAUUGUGACGUUGGAAAUUUAUAUCAAAAAGAAGAGAUCAUUCGUAGGAAUCUCUUCUGUGUGUGUGGGUAUGUGGUCGUCACUUGGCUUUGUUGGGGUAUUUGGAAGUAAUACUUAUGGGAGCUUUCAACGUUCUAUUUCGUGCAAGAGAUGUUUGCAAUCUCAGUUUAUGGGUGUUGCAGUGAAUUCGAAGAAGGUCCAACAACGCCAAAGGGCUUCUAGUUUUACCCCGUGUUUAUUACCAAGGCUGGAGCCCUUGGUGGCAAUAAGACACGGAGAUAGACUUAAAAAACUGGGGAAACCAGCAGAUCAAAGAAAGGCUCUGAUAAGAGCACUCACGACGGAACUGCUUCGUCACGGAAGAAUUAAGACAACUUUAGCAAGAGCCAAGGUUGUUCGUAGCUUUGCUGAUAAAAUGAUAAGCUUAAGUAAAGAGGGAAGCCUUCAUGCCAGACGACAGGCUAUGGCUUUUAUUUAUGACAAGCAAUUGGUGCACGCUCUCUUCGAACAAGCUCCGGAACGAUAUGCAGAUAGGAACGGUGGGUAUACGAGGAUCCUUCAUACUAUGCCUAGAAAAGGCGAUAAUGCCGAGAUGGGAGUGAUUGAGUUGGUUUGAGUUGAUAGACAGGAGUUUCGUUAAAUAAAGCACAGUGCAAUCAU